GCGUUUUCUGUCAUGGCGGCCGCUGCAUGAAAAAUUGCGGAAUUGCUAUCCAAUUCGUUGCUCGUCGUGAUUAAUUUAAUUAAAAAGUGUCGUUCAAUCAAGCUAGUGCAAGCAAGCUAUAAUUAAUUACAUCAUGGUUUGAGUUACCAAGCGUCACCGUGGAGAAUUCUAGCAAUAUAAGUGUAUUUUCAUUGUGGACUAUGUGCUAACGCUAAGCAUUAGGUUGUAACCAUGACGCAGUUUUUACCACCUAAUUUGCUUGCCCUGUUUGCGGCGAGGGACCCUAUCCCUUAUUUGCCGCCUGCAGCGAAGCUCCCGCAUGAGAAAAAACAAAAAGGUUACGAUGGCGUCGGCGCUUUUCUCAACGUCUUUGAGCACCCAUCAGAAACGCCUCCGCCCACCCGCGUGGAAACCCGAGAGGAGCGCGCGGAGCGCCGUCGGCGUGAGCGCGCAGAACAGACAGCUUAUAAGCUGGAGCAAGAGAUUGCCCUGUGGGACCCGGCGGCGAACGUGAGGGCCACCGCUGACCCGUUCAAGACGCUGUUUGUGGCCAGAAUUAACUAUGACACAUCAGAAUCCAAGCUGAGAAGAGAAUUUGAGGGUUAUGGAGCUAUUAAAAAGAUAUACAUGGUGUACAACAAAGAGGACGGCAAGCCGCGAGGCUACGCGUUCAUCGAGUACGAGCACGAGCGCGACAUGCACUCGGCGUACAAACACGCGGACGGCAAGAAGAUCGACGGGAAACGGGUGCUGGUGGACGUGGAGCGAGCGCGGACCGUCAAGGGCUGGCUGCCGAGGAGGCUCGGUGGCGGACUGGGCGGCACCCGGCGAGGGGGUGCCGACGUGAACAUCAAGCACUCGGGCCGCGAGGACAACGAGCGCGAGAGAGAACGCUACAGCCGCGAGCAGAGAGAGAGGGACGAGCCGCGUGGCGGGCGUCGCCGCAGCCGCUCGCGUUCACCGCGCCGGCGCAGCACGUCUCGCUCUCGCCGCCGCGAGAAGGAAAGGGACAGGACGAGGGACGACGAGCCGGCUGAAAGCCGCCGCCGGCGCCGCUCGCGCUCCCGCUCGCGGCGGCGCGACAAGGACAAGGAGAAGCACCGCGACCGCGACGCGCGCUCCGACCGCGACCGCGACCGCGACCGCAAGCGGGCAAGGAGGGACAAGGACAAGGACCGCGACCGCAAGGAGCCCAAGCUGCGGGUUGACGAGAUCAAGGUCAAACAGGAGCCCCAUACUGACUACCCCGAGUUCACGCUGCCCGCCAUGGACGUGCAGAUCAAGCAGGAGCCUGCGGACGAGGACGAGAACAAAUACAACCCGGAGGAGGCCAACGGGGACGAUUACAAUUAUUAAACUACCAGCCUGUUUACAUAUUUACUGUACAUUUUUCUCUCAAAAUCUCGUUUUUUCACUUCUCGCUCUCACCAAGCAGAAGCGCUGGUGGCCUAGCGGCACAGAAAAAACAUCCUCCAGACUGAGCACAGUCGCGCUACCCCCUCUGCCACGCAUACGGUAAUUUUACUUCAUGUUCGAGUCGAAAGUGUCUCUGUGUGACGCUCGUGUCUUUGAAUGGACCAAUCACGGCACGGGACUUCGCUCACCUCGUCCCGCGCACCCCCGCAUUUUUGGCACCAUCGGUUGCAUGAAAUAAUUGCUCUAAACUCGGUCUAGAGGAUUCCUAGUCUAUGCCUAGCGGUAAGAGCGUGCGACUUUCAAUCCGAAGGUCGCGGGUUCAAACCCCGGCUCAUACCAAUGAGUUUCUCGGAACUUAUGUACGAAAUAUCAUAUGAUAUUUGCCAGUCGCUUUUCGGUGAAGGAUAACAUCGUGAGGAAACCGGACUAAUCCCAAUAAGGCCUAGUUUCCCCUCUGGGUUGGAAGGUCAGAUGGCAGUCGCUUUCGUAAAAACUAGUGCCUACGUCAAAUCAUGGGAUUAGUUGUCAAGCGGACCCCAGGCUCCCAUGAGCCGUGGCGAAAUGCCGGGAUAGCGCCAGGAAGAAGACUCACCAAGCAAAAUGUGAGACGUGAAAAAAGGUGGAAUACCGCCCUAAGAUCCAAAUCUAGGUCUGAGAAAAGAAUGUACAACAAAUUAAAAAUAGCUCAUAUAUGUAGUCGUAUUUUAUAUAGAGUGCGUGUUUUGAGCGUUUCACUACACUUUUUGGGCACAAUUUUGAAGAUUUUUUGACAUUAUUUAGUACUUACGUUUGUACCAGGCGGUCUAGCAUGAGCAUAGCAACUCAUGCUAGACGGUCAGAUAAUCGUAAAAUCUAGCUAAAUCUGCUGUCAUUUCUACAAAAUAGUGUAUUGAAUACGCGAUCGCGAAGGGUUAAAAGUGGAGAACAAACGCUCAAAUAACCCCCCCUUUUUGCCUCCGCAGUCGGAUAAACCCUCGCGGUUAAAUCCGACCGACGUAUACUAAGUUAUAUUCAAAUAGAUGAAUUGUAUUCGACGAAUACCUUAUUGUAUUCAAAAUGGAUUAUUUUAAUGCUGUCUGUAAUGUUAUAAUGGUGAUAACUUGAGACUUGCUUCUUGUCUGUGUGAAGGAGUUUGUAAACUCGUUUUCAACCGGUUUGCCAAUUUAAAGAGUUCCAUCGUAUUUUCACGGAAACGUACGAACGUUUCUUGCUAUUUCAGUCAGUCUCGGCACAAAAAGUGCUGAGGUUGACUGAAGUAGCAUGACAAAUACGAACGUUUCCGAGAAAAUACGAUGGAAAACAGUUAUGCACUAACAUCUGUAGCUCUUGUAAGGAAGGUCUGGCUUACCUAGGAAUAAAGAUUCAUAUGGCUCCUCUACACGAUGGGCCAACGCCGGCCACUCCAAGGGACGCAUGUAUGCGUUAGAGGGAGCAAGUGAUAUUGCUAUCUCAUUCUACCGCAUGGCUGCGUCCCUUGGAGUAGCCGGCGUUGGCCCAUCAUUUAGGAGCUAAUAUAUAUUUACGUAUACUGGGUGGCUAAAUAAUAACCGCAUUCCUGUUGCCAUGGAGGUUUUGAGAUUAUACUGAGCAAAUUUUACUAUGGGGUCAACCCCGACAUCGCGAAAUAAAAAUUUACCCUCCCAUAGAAAACGGACAAGCCAAAAUGUAUGAAACAACCAAAAUUUUUUUCGCGAUGUCAGGGUUGGUCCCAUAAUAAAAGUUGCUCGGUAUAAUCCCAAAACCUCCCUGGCAACGGGAAUGCAGUUAUUUUUUAGUCAUCCUGUAUAUUAACGUAUUUGAGAGCCUAUCGCUGACUAUUUCUUUAGAUCAUUCGUCUAUUUGCCUCUUUAUCGCUCGAAUAUGCAAGAGUGAUAGAGAGGCAUAUAACGAAAUUACGCGGUAGGCCUUACUCCCACAUAGACUACGGGCAUAUUUUAAGUUUUUCCUAGAGACGUUGAUAUACGGUGUUUAGACCAUAUGUGUGACGUCACUGAGUAAUUAAGUAAUAAAACUAAUAAACAAGUAAGCGCUGA